AUGUUUUUAUUAUCUAUUUACAACCAGGUGGCGUGGAUUCACACAGACAGAUCUACCCUUCUAACCCUGGCAAAUCGUGUAAUAACCAGGAAUUCUCGUUACCAGGUAUAUCACAAUAGCCACCGUACAUGGUGGCUACGUAUAAAAAACGUACGGAUGAGAGACAGAGGGCAGUAUAUGUGCCAAAUCAACACGUCUCCUAUGAAGAACCAAGUGGGCUACAUUAAGGUUGUUGUUCCCCCUCAAAUUGACGAAGCGCUCACAAGCAAAGACACUGAGGUAAGAGAAGGAGAAGAUAUUAGUCUAAAGUGCAUAGCUUCAGGAUCUCCAGAACCGAAAAUUACGUGGCGACGUGAAGAUGAGCAGGCCAUUUCAUUGGGUGGUAAUAAAGUACAUUCCAUGAACGGAAGUUACCUCAACAUCAACAAGGUGAGCCGACUACAUAUGGGUGCCUAUCUGUGUAUUGCCGUAAACGGAAUCCCUCCAGCUGUCAGUAAAAGAAUUUUCCUGGGAGUAAAUUUCUCUCCUAUGAUUUGGAUGCCUAACCAGCUUAUCGGAGCACCACUGGCUACCGACGUUGUCUUGGACUGUAACCUUGAAGCUCAUCCUAUUGCCGUAACCUAUUGGAUGAGAGAGGGGGGAGUCAUUAUUAUAUCAAACAGUAAAUACGAGACGGUAGACAUCUCUCAAGAAAACUACAAGGGACAGUUGCAUCUAACCAUCCGGGAUCUUGAGCCUCAAGACUAUGGCUCCUACACUUGUGUUGCCAAAAACUCUCUGGGUGAAACUGAAGGCACUAUUCGUUUAUAUGAAAUCCCCGGCCUCGGACCAUUUACUCACGGUAACUCACGGGCAGAAUAUCCCGCCAAAUCUGAAAAACUGAGGAACGGAUAUGCUGAAAAUUCUUUAAUAGAGAAUACUGGUGGGAAAGAAGGUCGAGGGUCAAAAGACAUGUCAGGUUCCCUUCAUACCUACCCGAAGGAAUCCAAGUCAGGCACUGAAAGUUCCUCGACACGACUUGAGGACAUCCAAGCCCUGCGGGUGACCUCACUCAUGGGGGUCUGUUUCCUCACAAGACUUGCUCUGGGCUAAAGUUUGUUUUCACCUUUAUUGCCGUUUCCUUGAUUAUCCGUCGCUAUACAUCUGUUAGCUCACACUCUCACCUGAAGGAAAAGAAUAUCUGGAACAUCUUUGUUUAAAAAAUACACAACUAUUUUAAUAAGUGAGAGAUGACCUAGUCUAAUUUUGACAGAACUUCAGAAAAAGGAGUAUGCGAUACAACAGGAAAGCAAAAGACAAGUAUAUAAAUCUAAAGCGAGAAAAAAAGGGGGGUCAAAAAAGGUCUGUAUUUAUUUAAACCAAUGACUACACUUUAUGGGUCUGUCUUAUGUCGUAUAUAUAUAAAUAUAAUAACAGAUCUCUUCAGUACUGUAUGUCUUGACCAAAUGCUCAUGGGUAAAAUAUUUGUUUAUGUGUCCAGAUCGUCUGAACACCUAUACUUAGUGUGACAAGUCGAACUCUGACUUAGACUUUAGUGUGCCAAGUCGAACUCUGUUUCCUUUCAUGAGGAGACAUGCUCCUCUUCUGAUGUUCAACAUUUUAACCUCUCUACAUGUUUUGGUAGCCGAAGACAAACACUUGUCUGUUUUGUUUGCUAACUUGUUAUUAAGCAUGUUUUAAUUAACCUAAAUACGCAACAUAUUUGAGAGAAACAUCAUGCCAGUAAUCUUUGAAUAAAAACUAACACGUGUAUUUAUGUAGUAAAUUUUACAAAUGAUCGUUUAAAGUUUCAUGUAUCAAAGCUCGCCUUCUAAAAAACAAAAUCUCAGUUGAAUUCUAGUUUUACGACUAAUCGUGUAAUAUUCAUUUUCUAACAUAUCUGAACGUUUAAUCCUAAUUAAUUGUUUUAACGUCAUAAGGGCUUACAAACAGUGAUCUGUAUUAUAAGAGGUUUCCUCUCUGGUUAUUGCUUUAAUUCUUAUGUAUAGAAUUGUAUUAAAUGUUGAAUUGUUUCCAUGACA